AUGUCUCCUCUUGCAUUGCAAAAAGGGAAUGAAUUUUCGGCAAAGAGACUACAAAAUAUCACAACUGGUCUCUUAAAGUACUACUCAUGCAGCUUGUUAUACAACGACUCGGUUGUCACGGUCACAACGAUAUCAUUGUCCGUCAACGCAAUAACUCGGACUAGAAAAUCGAAGUUAAAGCUUCAGCGCCAGACCAUCGCAGACUGUGAAAACGCCAUUGUACAAACUCUGAGCGGACUUUCGUUAAAACCAGUUGCAGCAAACCUUCACCUUUGUUCUUCGCCAGACUUGAUGCUCUUCACACCACCCAUCGCUUCAGAUGUGAAGCUCACAGAAAAUCUGUACUCUUUCGCUCAGCUGGAGCUCAUACAAGACCAAUUAUCUCCGGGAAUGGCGUUCGAAGAGAUGUUUCAGCUUUUCGUGGUAUGUUACAAGGAGGUAUAUGAACCCCCAAUCCUCAAAAAGGUCAUUAUAAAAAUUAUCGAAAAAACACUUCUGCCGAACGGCGGAGACUGGAUUCUCGAAGAGAAGACUCUUGUUUUGAAAUCAGAUAAACUUUCAAGAUCGUCUCAAGUUGAGUUAGAAAAAGUGAGAGUGGUAGACCAAGGUACUGAGUAUGAAAUUCCUUCCCUGGUUGUGCACUGA